UGUUAAAAAGGAUUUGGGCUUUUAGUCAGAGGGACUACUGUUGUCAAGCUGAGAGAACUCAUUGCCCAUUACAACACAGUAAGAAGAGUUACAACAACUUCAACUUCAAAAAAGCGCGGAAACUCAUUAAAAACUCAUAAUAAUCCAUUCAGUUCACUUCAGAAAAUAGGUCAAAGGUGGGCAUUUCAACCAACACGCAUGCGCACGCACUGACGUCACGCGCAGUUUUGAACUCUGAAAAUCCAAGGCGACCGCCAUCUUUUUUCCUCGUAGCCGAGCCGUUAAAGGUUACUUCACUUCAGUGUUUGCUGUGCUGUUUGGGGCAACUUCCCCUCAAUGCGGUGGUCCUGCAAGUGUUGCAAUUUCUCCUCGCCGAACCAACGCACACUAAUUGUCCAUUAUAAGCUGAAGCACUGUCAUCAGGCAAGGCACUGUCCUCUUCCCUGUGUCUAUGCAGACUGUGUGUGCUCCUUCAGGACAGAAUCAUCUCUGAAAAAACAUUUAACUAGAGACCAUAGUCAAGCCCGCUCAAAGCAAGUGACUGCACGGUUAAAUUGUGAACUGUGCAACUUUUCUGAGAUUUGUAGUGAUACACAGUAUUUUGCACAUUUGAAAAUACACAUACACAAUAAGGAAACUGUUAAAUGUCCCUUUAAAGACUGUAGUUUUCAGUCAAGUGUGUACAGUACUUUUCGUGCACAUAAGAGUAAGAAACAUCACCUCUGUACCAUUGACAAUUUUCGAGAAAACCUGUAUCAAACUUUUAUUCAAGGCACUUUAAACUCUGAAAGUACAGACUUUGAGACACAUUCGGACGAUCUAGACUUAACAGAUGAUUCCCUAGAGGAUCAAGACCUCCAUGAUUUACUUCAACACAAAGUUGCAUCUCUCUUACUGCGUAUGCAAACAAAUUUGCAUGUGUCUAAAACAACAACUCAGGAAAUAAUAAAUGAGCUUUGUAGUAUUAGCUCAGUUGUAGAAGAGUGCACACCUAAAAUAAUUGAAAGUGUACUGAUCAAGCAUAAUUGUGCAGUUAACAGUGCAGUCACUGCUGCUAUAUCCGAGAUAGUUAAAAAAGUGAACCCCCUAAGUUUCUUGUCGAAAGACGGGCCUUUUGGCUCUGAAUACAAAAGAGAAACUUUUUACAAGAAAAGUUUUAAAGUGAUUGAGCCAAUUGAAUAUGUUUUAGAUGCAUCUUCAAGGCGGAAAUUUGUUUAUAUUCCGGUUUUGAAAGUUUUGACAGAGCUGUUAAAUCGUAAUGAUGUGUUAGAUAAAGUCUUGGAGACGGGACAUAUUGAAACAGUUGAACACUUGUCUCAUUAUAAAACAUACAGAGACGGUCUAUAUUACAAAGACAAUAUUUUGCUCUCAUCAGAAGAUCUUAGCAUUGCCCUAGGACUGUAUAUAGAUGACUUUGAGGUUUGCAACCCACUAGGAACAUCAAAAAAAAAGCACAAGGUCUGUGCAGUCUAUUGGGUGAUUUCUAAUUUACCUAUACGAUACAGAUCAUCUGUACAGUCAAUCUACCUUGCAUGUCUGUGUCAUAGCAAUGAUGUGAAGAAAUAUGGGUAUGGAGCCAUUCUUGAACCACUGAUAAAAGACCUUGAACUACUUGAGCAGCAAGGAUUGUAUGUUCAGAAAUUGGGAACAACUGUAAGAGGUACUGUACUUUAUGUGUCUGCAGACAACUUAGGGGCCCACUCACUUGCUGGGCUUCAUGAGAGUUUUAAUGUUGACAAAUUUUGCCGGUUUUGUUUAGCUAGUCGGCAAGAUAUUGACAGUCAUGAGGAAUAG